CGCCCAUUCAACGAGCAGACCGAGCCCGGCACAUCUCUCCCUACCUCUCCCGAAGUCUCCAGCACCGCCAGCUCUCUUCCUCUCCCUUCUUUCCUUCUCUACCUCGAGCAGAGUCAACAAGCGAGCAGAGCAGAGCCAUGGAUGGCUGCCUAGCCUCCGGCCUGAUUCGGCGCCUCCACGACCUCCCAAUCCAAACCCUUGCGCCCAAGCCUCCCCCAUCGCCUCCUCCACCUUCCCCACUAGUUACCAGAGCUCCUUCCUAGUUGAAUCCACCGAAAUCAGUUGCCCUACCGCCGGCCGCCAUUGGUGCACCAUCGAGCUCCGCCCCCUCACAUCGAUCCGCGCCUCCGGCCCUUCUCCACCCAAAUCAACCCCCAAAAUGAGUUCGUGAACUCGUAGCUGAAGACGCCGUCUAUGGAUUGGUUGUGAAGCCCAGGAGCUAGCGAAGUAGGUGCAAGAAGAAACUCAUGAAGACCCGGCCCAAGGCCGCAAAUAAUACUAACCCCGCUCAGCAAAAAGGCAAGCCCCGGAGCAUAACCUUUAAUUUCGGUAUUCAAUGUUUAUUAUAUAAUUAUUGUGCAUUUCCAUUUCUAGGUGUUGAUUGGAACCGUAGAUGCAUGUUCCCUAGGUUUCCUCAAUUACUCUACUAGUGUGCAGGUCGUUAGUACUGCCAUGCUUAAUUAGGACUCGGUAGAAGUCGAGUGAUUCCUGUCACUCGCGAGCUAUAGGUCUUUGUUAUUUAUGGCAAAGUGGUUUGAGAAUAAAUCUGUGAAAAAAGAAGAAUGGAGACCGGGCAGAGAUGAAUUGGUUCUGGAUAUGAAAUGGAUGGAAAGUAAGCCUCCGCCUGUGUCGAUUGAGGACCGUACCGUUGUUGGCAUUGCUGACCGAGUUUGAACAGUACUAACCACAUGCCGGAAGUAGGAGGUAGUCGAAACCGGUAAGCUAAAUACCUGAUUUGCAACGAUACUUUGAAUCGCGACUUGCUACUCUGGGAGUGGAAUGAUGGCGGGUGUUGGAGUGUAUGUCGCCUCCUAGUUCUCUAGGAGUUCGCUGUGAGGGGCCCUUCACCCGGGUUUUGGCAGGCGUGAUUCAGACGUCGGGGUAAUGAUGGGAACGGUUGACAUAUGUGGUCCGGCGUGGCUGCACGUGUCGUGUGAGUUAGGUCCACCUUGCAAGGUUAAAUCGGAUCGAUUCGCCGUCUCUCUCGGUUAAGAGAACCUUGGUCACCGUGUCACAUCGUAGUAAAGAAGUGAAAAUGAAAACAGAAGUAUGAUGAGAUAUGUUUGUGGUACUCUGUAAAGAUUAAUGUGAUCAACCAUGCUUGCUUUAGAUGUCAGGCAAAUCUAGUUGGUACUUGAUAAACUUAAAUUGAGCUAAAAUAUUGAAAGUAAGGAUCCAAUAUUAGUAACUUUUCAGCAAAACAAACUCCAGAGUCAAAAAACCUUGCAUGUCUAGAUAAUGGGCUAAGUAUACCCUUAGUCGGGUAAGCCUUCCUGAGUAUUAGUAUACUCAGGGUUUGUUGUUACCCUGUUUUCAGGUAUUUAUUGUUGGUGGAAGCUGACCAGGAUUCACGUCGGUGGGCUCGAUGUGACAUCCUCCCGACUUCAUAGAUCUCGUGGUUUUCAAACUGAACUUCCUUUCUAAAUUUCCGCUGCACUUUUAACUCUGAUAACUUUUAUUUAAACUUAAUUGUAAUACUUUGCUUUGUAAACUUAAUUUUGAGAACUUUAGUCUGCUUGUAAUCAUCUGUGCUCGUUUUCGUGCGAGACUUCCGGUGUUUUCGAUCCUUAACCCAACAGGCUGUCGGAUUACACCGUUUUCAGUGUGCUAUAACUUGAUUAACGCUUAAAAUGAUAGUGCACUUAACCUGAUUUAAUUUGGGCGGUUCUGUCACAGCUAUGGACUCAUGAUUGUUGACCUCAAUAAUAUUGGUUACAAAGAUGACCCAUGGGUACUUGCUUCACAAGUCGCACAUGUUCUGUAUGUAGCUGACCCCACAAAGAAAGGAAAGCAUGUUGUUGUCCCAAGAAAACAAGAUAUUAUAGGGGUUGAUGGUAUCAACGAUGUGGAAGAUAAUAAUUAGUACAAUGAAAUGAACCUCUUCACAGACAUACCCCAAAAGAUGAAGAUUAUACAAGCAAGUUUAAGAAAAAAUGACAAGCCAUGGGCACGCAAGGAUGGCGAAUCGAGAAUUGUAACCAGUUCAAUCAGUAGUUAUUUCAAAUCGGAUUGCAUGUAAUCGUAUUUUUCUCUUGUAUUCUGAAUACCAGACUUGUUAAUGAACUAUUUGUUGAUGUAUUUUUCUCCCUGAUUUUUGAAAGAGUUUCGUUAUUUUUUUCAAAUUUAAUACAACCUAGAACAAGGAAAAUAUCAAUCUCAAAAACUCACAUUUAGAGAUAGUAGACUUAACAAAUUCAUAGCCUACAUUACCUAGCGAUAGAAUACAUGCAUGAAAACUCAUAGCGAAUACAUAUUGCAAAAUUUCAAUUGCAUGCCUACUACAUCAUCUAAGGAAUAUUAUUCCGAAGCAACAGGUACUGAACAUAGUUAACAUCACCAAUCUUGUACCCCAGGGCAUUGUCAAUGAAAAUCAAUACACGGAUAAGACAGCUGUCUUUUGCUUCGCUUCUCCGAGGAAGUGCUUUGCCGUAGGCGGUGAACAUUGGUUCCGCGGUAGGAUCUGGCGUAGUUCGAAAUUCAUAAGAACUGUGGUAGAGCCCUUCCCUUGUAUAUGCUGGUCCGGACUCAGUAGAAUAAUAACCCAACUGCUCAACGGCCUGACAUAAAAUUUCUUCUAAGCUCAUUGCCGUAAAAGUGUUACCAAAUAUAUCCUGCAAUGGAGAUGGAAUGCAAAUAUAAUUAACUGCUUUGCACAAUCAAAGAAACUAUCAUAAUUCUUGAAAUUAACAAAAUCCACUUACUAUGUCAUAUAGAUUUUCUCGUGAAAGAGUCUCGUAGAGAGUAACAAUAUCUUGUUGAUUCUGUUGAAGUGCUUUGAUUUUGAACCAUGACAAAUCUGGAAUCAGAUAACCAUAAUUCUGAAGUUCCAAAAGACAGGCUUCUAUGGCUCUUCUUUCAUAAGUCAUCUGAACUGGUGAUUCUUUCCCAUUGGCCACUAUUUGAAUCAUGGUACCUACAUCUUGUCUUGAUGGUAUCUCGAAAGAGAUUGUCAUUUUCUUGAAUUGUUGGCGUUAUGUGGUUACCACCUGAAGAGGUGAACCACCUACGUAUUGUAGAACCUCAGUAAGCCAUUUAAACAAAUCGAUACGCUGCAUUAGAGGCAAUGUAAAUAAACAUUAAUAAUUAUUUUUAUUACUGAGAUCAAAUAUUGUGGAUUAUAGACAAAGAAAUGAUUCUUACUAUGUCUGGAGCUGGAUUGUUCUGUUGAGAACAUCGCCUUGGUCUAGUCCUGUUGACUCUGCUGAAAGUGAUGCCAGGAUUAUGAGCCUGGGGCGGGUCGUAAGCCUGAUGCAGCAUACCAUGACCAAAGCCACCACUUGCCAUAUUGAUACGCUGCUCAAACAUGUGUAUUUAUUUAAAAUGCACCAAUAUGAAAAUAUUAAAUAUAUAUAAUACAACAAUAUAUACAUGAGUUUAUUUACUAAAUCACUCACUAAAUUAUAUGUGCAUCAAUAUAUCUGUACCAAAAUAUAAAUCACUAACUAAAUUAUAUGCAUCAAUAUAACACGUACCUGGAUCAAUAUAUAUGCAUCAAUAUAUACAUAUCAUUAUAUAAAUUACUAACUAAAUUAAUAAAUCGCUAACUAAGUGUACUUUCCAUUUAUAAAUGGAAAGAAUGAAAAAAAACAAAAUAUAACACAUACCUGGAAGAUGGCGGCUAGGGGCGCGGGCGGGGGGAGGUGGUGGCGCGGCGCGCGCGGGGGGAGGUGGCGGUGUCGAGAUCUAUUCUGGAUGUGGCUAAGUGCGGCAGUUUCGUGUGCGUGCGUGCGUGCGUGCGUGCGUGCGUGUGUAGGGACCAUUUUCAGGGGCGGGUGGUGAAGUCACCCGCCCCUGAUAAUGGGUUUCUAAGGGCGGGUGACAGCACCACCCACCCCUACAGAUCGUUUCCAGGUGCAGGUGGUGGUGUCUCCCACCGCUGGAAAUAUCUCUCCUAUAAAUAUCAAGGCGCCCAAGGACUUAGCCAAAUUUCGAUUUGGAAUAGCGGGACGCUGGCAGGCUGCCGAAAUUUCGACCCGAGCCCGCGCCGCCGCCCGUUCUCCACGCUGCCGACGCUGACCCGCACCAGCGCCGCCCCGGAUCCCGUCCUCCGCGCCGCCGCCGUCCCGGAUCCGGUCGUCCACACCGCCUCCUCCUAGACCCGCACCAGCGCCGCCACCACCGCCGUCCUCGACCCGCACCAACGCCGCUCCGGAUCCCGUCCUCCGCACCGCCGCCCCGGAUCCGGUCGUCCACGCCGCCUCCUCCUCGACCCGCGCCGUCGAGCCCCGCCGCCUCCUCCUCGACCCGUCCUCCGUCCAGCCCGCACCGUCGAGUCCGCGCCACCUCCUCCUCGACCCGUCCUCCGUCGAGCCCACGCCGUCGAGCCCCGCCGCCUCCGCCUCCGUCCCUCGAGCCCCGGCCCUUCGCCCCGCGACAGUUUAGGUUUUUUUCAAAUUUUUAUACAUAGAAAUAAAUGUGUCCUAUAAUUCCUAUAUAUAUUUUUUACAUAAUGUCUAUAUAUGUUGAUAAAUGUGUUCUAAAAUUCCUAGAAAUAAUUCUUAUAGUUAUUUGUUACUUUAAGAAAUAAUUUCUAUAUAAGUUGAUCCUAAAAUUCCUAAAAAUAAUUCUUAUAGUUAUUUAUUACUUUAAGAAAUAAUUUCUAUAUAUAUUGAUCCUAGAAUUUUUAGAAAUAAUUCUUAUAGUUAUUUAUUAGUCUAAUAAAUAAUUUCUAUAUAUGUUGAUCGUAGAAAUUCUAGAAAUAAUUCUUAUAGUUAAUUAUUUGUCUAAGAAAUAAUUUUUGUAAAUGUUGAAAACUUAGAAUUUCUAGAAAUAAUUCCUAAAGUUAUUUAUUAGUCUAAGAAAUAAUUUCUAUAUAUGUUGAUUCUAGAAUUUCUUGAAAUAAUUCUUAUAGUUAUUUAUUUGUCUUAGAAAUAAUUUCUGUAUAUGUUGAUAUAUAUCUCUUAGUAUUUCUAUAAAUAAUUUCUAUAGUUAUUUAUUAGUCUAUAAGAAAUAAUUUCUAUAUAUGUUGAUUUUAGAAUUUCUAGAAAUAAUUCUUAUAGUUAUUUAUUAGUCUUAGAAAUAAUUUCUGUAUAUGUUGAUAAAUAUAUCUUAGAAUUUCUUUAUAUGUGGACUUAAAUGACGUUAUUGUUGUACCCCUAUAUAUAAGUGGUGGAAUUAAGGAUUUUAGCAUUAUUGACUUGGAAAACCUAUUAUUGUGUAUAUAUAUAAAUUGUUGACUUUAUUAUUUGUUGUGAGGACUUUAUUGUGUAUAUAAACUCGUUUGGCCAUCCUCGUUUAAUGUAGAAGUUGUAAAUGUCUGAUCCGUCGCCAUCAUCCCCGCCAAGGGAAACGCCAAUGACACAAGAGGAGGAAAUUGAAAGACUCGCCUCUCAGAUGGACUGGGGCGACGACGCCGGUGUUCAAAGUGGGGAUGACGAAGUUGACCGGGAUGGACAAGGGGCGUUCGUAGCAGGACAGUGAUUGGAACCUAUAGAUCCACAUCCGAUCCCUCCAAGACAAAGGUUUUCAUUGUCUGAUUUUGAUCCAGAUUACGUUCCGAGUCCAGCGCGGGUAAGGACUUACAAUCGAGCAUUUAUUGUAUACUUUCAAGAAAGACGUGUAAUAAGUUGAUGAAUUCGGGUACGUUCCAUGUAGGAUGCUGCGACAGGAAGAAGUAGACGUCGAGGCUAACAUGCAAAUGCAACAGAGGAAGAACUUGAAGGCAAUGAAAUCUCUGGUCCGGAACCUCAAACAACUUCCUCUGGCAGCCAAAAUAAAAGGAAACGGGGUCAGUGUGGAAGAAACAAAUACCCCGAAGGUCAAUGGGUGGUCAACGUAAUUAGUGCUGCAGGCGAGCCCAUGGAGCCUCCAGAGAUCUGCGCAAAGUUUAGGAACGCAAUCAGUUCAAUAAUAAGGACAAAGUUGGUUUUGGAUCCAACGAUCCCCGAUUAGCCAACAGUUCCUGAGGGAAGGAAGGAGGCGAUAUCGCAGAUGUUGAGGCAAACAUUUAUUUUGCCAAGAGGAACUCAAGAUAGCGUGAGGCAUUAUGCUAGGAAGAUGCUGGGUGAGAGUUUCCGCCGGUGGAAGAGCGAACUCAACACUAAGUAUGUCAAAAAGGGCCGAACACCAUUUGCGGAUUACGGGGAAAUCACUCAAGCACAAUGGGAAGAGUUUGUUCGGCAAAAGAGCACCGAACAAUCUCUAGCGCUAAGCAAGAAAAAUACUGAGCAGGCAACGAGCAAUGUACAUAAAGUACAUCUUGGCCCGAGUGGAUACCAAAAGAAGGCCGAUCAAUGGCACCGUGAAAGAGAGGCUGCAAUAGCCGCAGGGCAACCAGACCCUUUUGAAGGCCUUACUGAGCAUGCCAUGUUCUGGCUUCAAGCCAGGAAGCCUAAGAUAGUGGAAGGCAAGCCACAUUUUGACAAACCCGAGACUGAAGCCAUCGCACAAAAAAUGUACGAACUUACCGAGCUUCAGAAACAAGGAAAGUUCAGCGUCAAGAGGGACAAGGACAUGCUUAGUACAACCAUUGGGACCAAAGAGCACGGAGGCCGCAUCAGAGGCGUGUCCUCAAAGUUGACCUUUAGGGAUGGAUUCGAGGAGGACCGCUCUACCUACAAGAGGCAUGACCGCUACAAGGAAGAGAUGAUACAAGCGGCCGAGAAAGCAGCGGAAUCAAAGUUUAAGGAAAUGUUUGCACAAUUAACAGAGCAGCAAUUAGGGCAAAAAUGGAUGAAUCCGUUGCAAUUGGGGCAGCAGCAAUCCGGCCAUAUGGUGAUGAUGCCCCCUCUGGUAUUAGCCCAGCGAAUACGGCCUGUGCUCAGAGCAGUGUUGCCUCAACCACAGCACAACCAUAUCCGGUGGAUUGCAUCACAAAUACUACUCCAUGCAUGCUGCUCUAACCAAUAGGCAGAGCUGGAAAGACGAGGGAAGUUGCCAAGGCGCACGUGGAUCCUGUGGCGGGUUUAUUUGAUGGAAAACCAAGCCCGCCCCAAUAUGCAUGCGUGCGAGUGCAGGAGCUACUGAAAACAAGCUACGAGGACAACGAGAUAGACAUCCCUACUUCGGAUGGGAGGACCACGCUUGGAGAGUGCAUUGGCAUCACCAUUCUGUGGUACAAAUGUGAUAUUGUACUGCUUGUUUCACCAGAAGGGCCGGCACAUCAGACUCGACCGACUCCAGAUUAUGUACUGGCGGCCCCGUCACCACGAGCUCCAGCAUCGCCGCCACCGGCUCUAGCAUCACCGCCACUGGCUCGGACAUUGCCGCCACUGGCUCCGCUUCACCGCCCCCAGCAGCUCAAGCUUCACCGCCACCAGCAGCUUCACCUUCACCGGCCCCAGCAGCUCAAGCAUCACCACCACGAGCGCACACGGCACCGGCUCAACAACUUGGGUUCCCUGUCCAUCAAGUUAUACGGUCAUACCAAAAGGAGGACUCAGAUAUUGUAAAUAAAUGGCACGCCGCAAACACCAAGCAAAGGUUAAAGGAAAAGUCAACGGAUAAGGCAUGGGAAAAGUCAAAAAAUGUUUCAGAUUCUAGUGCCACCAGACGACCGGGCGUUUUUGAGCCCCGCACUGACCACGACUUCAUUAGGAAAAUUGGGGUCGAUGACAUAGCAGAUUUACCGGAUUGCCCGAAAAAAUUCGAGUAUGGUAAAGAUUUUCUACCCCACUCUUUGUUGCAAGACUGUCCAGGUUUUAUAAAAAGGAUGCACACUUGGUACAGAAGGGCAUGUAGACUUCACAUCACAAGCCUUUGGGCUAGGUACCGCCGGAAAUUUUCAGAUUACGAACUGAGGGUAUCACUGAUAUCAUGUUUGAUUUUCAAGACAUCCAAGAAAUGUUCCGCCUCAAAGAAAUUAAUGUAGAAAUGAUCAGACUCUGGUGCAUGAUAGUGCAACGACAAGCGGAUAAGGCAGGUAGGAAGGUCGCGUUCCUUGACCCGUUAGCUAUUGCUGAGAAGCGCCAUAAAGGGCCAAUGUUGUGGAACGACGACCACGAUGAAUUCAAAAAUUGUAAAUCUCGCAAGAAAAUUAAUAAAGUGCGGAAGCAGGAACAUAGAAAAAUCAUUAUGAUAGUUGCUAUGUACAUAUCGCAUCAGUUUCAAGAGUGGCAAGACAGGGAUGUCAUAUGGGCACCAUAUAACUUUCGAAAUCAUUGGAUUGUAUUUAUGAUCAAGCCAAAGCAUGGACGUAUGCUAGUAUUCGACUCCGUUGAUUUCGAUCCGAAUACUUAUAAGGAAUUCGAGGACAUCCUCAACAUGUCUUACAGGCACUACGUGCUAAAAGGAGGAGAACACCCCCCCCCCCCCGAUAGGGAAAAAAUAUGGUGAUGCGCACACACUAUCCAUGCCACAAGCAACCUGCAGAUUCCGUGUACUGUGGAUACUACGUGUGCGAGCACGAGAGGGAGUUCAGGAGGUACACAAAAGAUCCCAAAUUGGAUCAACGGCCACUCCACAUGGUCCACUCCAUGAGCAACAACUUUUUUUUAUAGUCGACGAUUUAUGUCGCUUCAUUUUGCAUGAAGUGGUCCAUAUAGGUGGAGAAUUUGUUCACCCUGAGCAUGAAUUAUCACUCGACCCAAAAUAUGCAAGCCUCCGUCAGUGGGAAAAUCAAGAACUUCGGGCCGGCUCUACUAGCGUUUCUCAAUGUAAAUGAUGUCUGUACUCUACGCACUUUUAUGAUGGAUGUAAUCUAAUGAUGCAUGUAAUGAUACUUUUAUAUGAUUUUAUAUUGAAUUUGUAAUUAGUAAUGUUUACGAAAUA